AUGCAGCACAUCUCCGGUUUUGAGCUAGCUUUGCUGGCACGCGCGGUACUCACCCGUAAUCACUGCCCUGGCCGACCACUACCACUUGAAGGACAACGAGCGAAGACACGCAUGCGGCUUCGCCCACGGUACUCGACAAUCAACAGGAGGCCGAAUGGGCAGGAGCGCACAGAGAUACGAGGUGGCACGCCGGUGGGACUGAUGUCGUUCAGCAGUCGACAUUCCUGGGAGGGCGGGUACGAGGACUGGCCAGGGAUGAAGGCUAACGUAGCGGGAGGUCUUCAAGUAUGCGUAGAGUAUUGGCGAGUAGCCGGGGAGGAGUGCAGCAGAGGCGGGGCUCUUGAGGUGGGUGCCAUUGGGAGGCUACGUGGACGGCGACUGCCAGCGUAGCACGGCGAGGAGAAGAAGAUGCGCGAUAGUUCGAACGUUCUCGCUGAGGGUCAAGUACUGUACUGUCAUCAGUGGAGGGGAACGACGGCCUGCGACGCGCCCAAGACGCGCCUCGGACGAUUGUCGGAGACGGCGG